ACCUUUUGCGUGCAGAUAACUGUAUUAUGUGAAAUAGAUCAUGGUUAUGCUUCAGGAACCAAAAUGUAGCACAUGACAACCUUGCCUUUUUUGUUUCUUGGAGUAAAUUUUGGUACUCCAGAAUCGUGGAAACCUCAAAAUCCUUUACCCAGAGCUCAAAGUGUAGAUGCUUGUGUUUUUGUCAGGCACCCAUAUCGUCUGUAUUUCUGCUUAGAACUCUUUUAAUGAGAAGAAAAUUAGCCCUAUACUUUGCUUCUUUUAUUUCAUGAAUAACGUAGCAUCGCAUCUGGAAGCUUCCCAUGUUUUGAAAGCAAAUAGGCAGUAAGUCUUUCCAGAAAAUCUCAGUGUAAUUACUCUUAGAGGCAUUUGGUGGCCUUUUUCGAGCACUUAAGACUGUGAAGCAUUUCUUUUUGUGGACUGUUAGGUUGAGGAAUACCCACAUCCCUCUGGACCUUGUGAUCCACUCUAUGCUGGUUAUUGUAGGAGGAUGUUGAACUUGACCUGAAUUGAUCUGGCUGAAAAAGUCUCUGGACAGAAGGGUGGGUUUCCAUCUGAAGGAGUUCUCUGGUCAUUCUAGAAGCUAUGGACAUACUGUUUAGAAUAAGAGGAGGCUUGGAUCUUGCAUUUCAGCUAGCAACUACUGAUGAGGCAUCAACAAAAAAGGCAUUAGGAUAUGUUUUCAGUGAUCUUGCAAACAAACUGUCCUCGGAUGUUCUUGUAUUAAGAAUUUGCCACAGUUCAAUCUAUGUAUGGCCUAACAGUGGCAUGAACACUGUUCCAGAGCUGACUGAUGAGUCUGCUUGUAAGGAGAUAAGAAAAUAUAUACAAUUUGAUCAAGAUGAUGAAACCAAACGAAAGCUUGGCAGAAAAAAGGAUAAAAAGUUACAAGAUACGCAGCAGAUAGUCAAUAUAGACCUUAUGUUGGAAAUGACGUCUUCAUUACCUGCUUUGGCUCCAGUCAUUGAACGGGAAAAUAAAGAACACCACUACAUAAAUAUGACAUUACCAGUUGAUGUUGUUGUAUCUGUUUCUCCAGAGGAAACGUGGGGAAACGUACAGAAUCUCCUGGUGAAAGCAAUUCACAGGCAACUAACUGACAUGGAAAGAUGUAUCAUGAAAUAUGUGAAGGGAACAUCAAUUGUGGUACCAGAACAAUUUCAUUUCAUGUUACCAGGGAAAAAUCAUCUUGUAACAAUCUCUUAUCCAACAGGUAUUUCAGAUGAUCAGCUGGAGAGUUACAGAAAGGAAUUGCACGAGUUAUUCAACCUGCCUUGUGACAGACCCUAUUUCAAGAGAGCAAAUGCUUAUCAUUUUCCAGAUGAAUCAUAUAAAGAUGGAUAUCUCAGAAAUCCACACUUACAUCUGAAUUCACCUACUAUGGAGCCUGGUAUGGUCUAUUUAGUACAUGGUGUCUAUAGUUACCACCACUAUAUGCAGGAUCGGAUUGAUGACAGUGGUUGGGGCUGUGCCUAUCGGUCUUUGCAGACAAUCUGUUCUUGGUUCAAGCACCAAGGUUACAUUGACGCACCUAUACCAACACACAAGGAGAUUCAACAGGCAUUGGUUGAUGCUGGAGACAAGCCUGCAGCAUUUGUUGGGUCACGGCAGUGGAUUGGUUCCAUUGAGGUACAACUUGUUUUGAAUCAGCUUUUUGGAAUAACAUCAAAAAUAUUAUUUGUCAGCCAGGGUUCUGAACUGGCAUUGCAGGGAAGAGAGCUUUCUAACCAUUUCAAGUCUGAAGGAACUCCAGUUAUGAUUGGUGGGGGUGUUUUGGCUCACACAAUAUUAGGAGUGGCUUGGAAUGAGAUUACAGGGCACAUCAAGUAUUUGAUCCUAGACCCACAUUACACUGGAGGAGAAGAUCUGCAUGUCAUUUUGGAAAAGGGCUGGUGUGGUUGGAAGGGCCCUGAAUUUUGGAACAAGGAUGCCUAUUACAAUCUCUGCCUACCUCAACGACCCAAAACUAUUUAAAAUCCACUCUUCUGCUGGAAUAUGCUAAAACAGAAUACUGGCUGAUCUAGAUAAUGACUGUUGUGUUAAUACUCAAAAUCAUGCUUUCAGUCAGUCAGAACCCAGGUGAAACAGAAAUGUCACUGUUUAAAUUAAGAAUUUUAUUUUUUAAUGAAACCUUUAAAAAUAAA